AUGGUUUGCAGUGAACGUGCCGCCCAUCUCCGAAUCCAUCGGCUUGUCGCCUAUUCCGUUGCCAGCGUGGCAUUCGUUCUCUUGAUCGGAGCAGUCGUCACUCUUCCGCUCGCGUAUCGCUAUGUUUCACAGUUGAGACAGUCUCUUGAGAGACAAUUUGUGGUUGGUUGUUCCGUUUUUAGUCUGUUUGCAAGUUGUAUUCAGGAAUGUAAUGACGUGGCAAAGACUAUUUACGAAGGAGUCGACGAGCUCUCAUCAGUGAUCGUAAGUCCCAACAGGACAAGAGCUGCUCGAGCCGCAAAGCCGAGAAGACGAUUUGAUGAAGGUCUGUGGUGGAUAAAUUGUAGUUUCAACUGAAAACUCAACUUGCAGACGAAUCGGAAGAAACCUGCGAAGGAUGCUGCUUGCCUGGCGCACCCGGACCUUCUGGGCCACCCGGCCGUCACGGAAGACACGGAUCUUCCGGAGCACCUGGAAAGCCUGGAAACCCUGGAGAGCCACCGAGAGGACCUUGCGAUCCAGCAGUUGCCAACCCUUGUGACUGUCCAGCCGGAGAACCAGGAGAGCCAGGACCAAAGGGACCACCAGGAAACAAUGGACUGCCAGGACUGAAGGGAAGAAGGGGAUUCGAUGGAUUGGAUGGAAGACCAGGACGGCCUGGAAAAACGGGAACUGAUGGAGUUCCUGGACCGAAGGGAGAAGACGGAAGAGACGGAGAACCAGGGCCCAUCGACACGACGGACGUGGGACCGCCGGGAGAGGAUGGAGAGGAAGGAACCGCCGGAGAAGCAGGAACACCCGGAAAUGCUGGUAGAGACGGGAAACCAGGACAGACGGGACCACCGGGACCUCCCGGAAAAGAUGGAGUCGACGGAGAAAACGGAGAUGACGGAGAGCAGGGAGAGUCCGGAAUUCAAGGAAGACCGGGAGAGGAGGGAAUCUGUCCAAAGUAAGAUUGUAUGGCAGAGACAGAACAGAAACAUCGCUGAUUUCAGAUACUGCGCCAUUGACGGUGGUGUCUUCUUCGACAGCGGAUCUCGUCGGCGUAAGAUUUAA